CGCAGCAAUUAAAUGAUAAAUUUGUUGUGGUACAUUUUAUAUGCCAUUUGACCAAUGCAUGGAAACUAAUCAACAAUGCAAGUGAAAACAGUUGACUCCUAAUCAAAUUUCGUCCCCUCUCUCUCUCCAUGCCAUCCCUCUUUUUUUCAUUAAUCUUAUCACGUUUGUUUCUCUUCUCUCUCUCUUUGAUUCAAGAAACAAACUCUCUACAGGAAGCCUCAUUCCAAAUCCAUGCCUCUAAUUCUUUUUUAUGUCAAUUCCAAACAUAGGUAGAAUCCAAGGAAAUUGAGGAUGGCCGGCGACAGGUCGCCUUACGUCCACCGCAGAUGGACCUACUUCCCGACCCCUCGCCUCAUUUUCUGGACCUCCAUUUUCGCCGCCUUGAUCAUGUUCCUCCUCUUCCACUCGCCGCCUCCCGAUCUCUCCCCCGACCGCCGCGUCGCCGCCUCGUGGGGCGGCCAGAGCUGGGAGCGCCGCGUCCUGAACUCGGGGCGGCCGCGCUCCCACUCGCCCUCCCACGCCGCGGGGCGCGGCCACCUGUCCGUGCUGGUGACGGGCGCGGCGGGCUUCGUGGGCAGCCACGUGGCCCUGGCCCUGAAGCACCGCGGCGACGGCGUGGUCGGCAUCGACAAUUUCAACACCUACUACGACCCCUCCCUGAAACGCGCCCGCCGCAAGCAGCUGGAGCGGGCGGGCGUGUUCGUGGUGGAGGGCGACAUCAACGACGGCGCCCUCCUCAACAAGCUCUUCGACAUCGUGGCCUUCACGCAUGUCAUGCACCUAGCCGCCCAGGCCGGCGUCCGCUACGCCAUGCUCAAUCCCAGCUCCUACGUCCACAGCAACAUCGCCGGCCUCGUCAGCGUCUUCGAGGCCUGCAAGUCCGCCAACCCUCAGCCCUCCAUCGUCUGGGCCUCCUCCAGCUCCGUCUACGGCCUCAACUCCAAGGUUCCCUUUGCCGAGAAGGAUCAGACUGACAAACCGGCCAGCUUGUACGCCGCCACCAAGAAAGCCGGUGAAGAGAUCGCGCACACAUACAACCACAUCUACGGCCUCUCCAUCACCGGAUUGAGGUUCUUCACGGUGUACGGGCCCUGGGGGCGCCCCGACAUGGCCUACUUCUUCUUCACCAAGGAUAUCCUCAAAGGGAAGCCCAUCUCCAUAUUCCAAGGCCCUCACCACCAGAGUGUGGCCAGGGACUUCACCUACAUUGAUGACAUUGUUAAGGGCUGCGUGGCCGCCAUUGAUACCGCGCAGAAGAGCACGGGCAGUGGAGGGAAGAAGAAGGGGGCGGCGCAGCUGCGUGUGUACAACCUGGGUAACACUUCGCCUGUGCCGGUGAGCAAGCUGGUCAGUAUACUUGAGAAGCUGUUGAAGAGGAAGGCGAAGAAGCGAGUGCUGCCCAUGCCGCGCAACGGCGACGUUGUGUAUACGCAUGCUAACAUUAGCCGAGCCACCAAGGAGCUGCACUACAAGCCUACCACGGAUUUGCAGGCUGGCCUCAAGAAGUUUGUGCAUUGGUAUCUCGAUUACUAUUCUGGAAACACAAACAGGAAUUCUUAGUGUGAACUCAUGUUUCAUUAUUUGUUUGUGUUCAUUCAUGAGAUGAUGUUACUUGUAGUGAAAAGGAGGUAAUUAGAGAGAGAAAUGUAAAGCGAUUUCUUACCUUUCAUUGGAAUGUUUUGUGGGAUUCUUUUAAUUUGUUUCCAAAAAUGUUAAAACUAAUCUCGAAUGGUUAUGAGAACCAUGUAAUUAAUUA